AUGGAACAAGAAAUGGAAAGACGUCAAUUCAAAUUGGCCCAAGUACAGGCCUGUCAGCCAGAAGAUAGCAGGCCCACCAGGAAAUGGACAGGACAUGACCGUGAAUGGUGGUUCGAGGGUUGGCCAAAGAGCUGGUUAGAGCCUGAACAAAGUUCUAACCAGAUAUUUGAGGAUUGUCAGCCAGAAGACAGCAGGCCCACCAGGAAAUGGACAGGUCAUGACCGUGAAUGGUGGUUCGAGGGUUGGCCAAAGAGCUGGUUAGAACCUGAACAAAGUUCUAACCAGCUAUUUGAGGAUUGUCAGCCAGAAGAUAGCAGGCCCACAGGGAAAUGGACAGGACAUGACCGUGAAUGGUGGUUCGAGGGUUGGCCAAAGAGCUGGUUAGAACCUGAACAAAGUUCUAACCAGCUAUUUGAGGAUUGUCAGCCAGAAGAUAGCAGGCCCACAGAGAAAUGGUCAGGACAUGACCGUGAAUGGUGGUUCGAGGGUUGGCCAAAGAGCUGGUUAGAACCUGCACAAAGUUCUAACCAGCUAUUUGAGGAUUGUCAGCCAGAAGAUAGCAGGCCCACAGAGAAAUGGUCAGGACACGACCGUGAAUGGUGGUUCGAGGGUUGGCCAAAGAGCUGGUUAGAACCUGAACAAAGUUCUAACCAGCUAUUUGAGGAUUGUCAGCCAGAAGAUAGCAGGCCCACCAGGAAAUGGACAGGACAUGACCGUGAAUGGUGGUUCGAGGGUUGGCCAAAGAGCUGGUUAGAACCUGAACAAAGUUCUAACCAGAUAUUUGAGGAUUGUCAGCAAGAAGAUAGCAGGCCCACCAGGAAAUGGACAGGACAUGACCGUGAAUGGUGGUUCGAGGGUUGGCCAAAGAGCUGGUUAGAACCUGAACAGAGUUCUAACCAGAUAUUUGAGGAUUGUCAGCCAGAAGAUAGCAGGCCCACAGAGAAAUGGUCAGGACAUGACCGUGAAUGGUGGUUCGAGGGUUGGCCAAAGAGCUGGUUAGAACCUGAACAAAGUUCUAACCAGCUAUUUGAGGAUUGUCAGCCAGUAGAUAGCAGGCCCACCAGGAAAUGGACAGGACAUGACCGUGAAUGGUGGUUCGAGGGUUGGCCAAAGAGCUGGUUAGAACCUGAACAAAGUUCUAACCAGAUAUUUGAGGAUUGUCAGCCAGAAGAUAGCAGGCCCACCAGGAAAUGGACAGGUCAUGACCGUGAAUGGUGGUUUGAGGGUUGGCCAAAGAGCUGGUUAGAACCUGAACAAAGUUCUAACCAGAUAUUUGAGGAUUGUCAGCCAGAAGAUAGCAGGCCCACAGAGAAAUGGUCAGGACAUGACCGUGAAUGGUGGUUCGAGGGUUGGCCAAAGAGCUGGUUAGAACCUGAACAAAGUUCUAACCAGAUAUUUGAGGAUUGUCAGCAAGAAGAUAGCAGGCCCACCAGGAAAUGGACAGGACACGACCGUGAAUGGUGGUUCGCGGGUUGGCCAAAGAGCUGGUUAGAACCUGAACAAAGUUCUAACCAGAUAUUUGAGGAUUGUCAGCCAGAAGAUAGCAGGCCCACCAGGAAAUGGACAGGACAUGACCGUGAAUGGUGGUUCGAGGGUUGGCCAAAGAGCUGGUUAGAACCUGAACAAAGUUCUAACCAGAUAUUUGAGGAUUGUCAGCCAGAAGAUAGCAGGCCCACCAGGAAAUGGACAGGACAUGACCGUGAUUAAUUAAACCCACAUCCCCCACCCACACCCACAGACACCCACCCACACACGCCAAUGCACCCACAAAUACACACACUAAGAGAAUAGACAUAAGGCUGAGUCGUCCCAAACAACCAGCAUAGGGUGAUUGCUUAAAACCAAACACCCCACCCACGCACACACACACACACACCCACAUACACCCACUCACACACGCCAAUGCACCCGCAAAUACACACACACUAAAAGAAUGGACAUAAGGCUGAAUCGUCCCAUACAACCAGCAUAGGGUGAUUGCUUAAAACCAAACACCCCAUCAACGCACACACACACACACACACACACACACACACACACACACACACACACACACACACGCACACACACACGCCAGUCUUCAGGACCAUGUUUUGUUUUCCCCCCGCUAAGGAAUGGCCGCAACCCAGCAUAAUUAGGACCCAUGUCCGCCUAAGUCCCAAACAACAAUGACAACGACAAAAAA